AUCACUAUUUGCAUUUUGAUUCCUCCGCAAUUUAGGCAAUGUUUUGUAUUACCUCAAAUAAUUAAUUAGAAAUAAUGUGCGACUUUGAUGUCUUGUGGGCGGAUGUAUUGAAAAUAUUUCCAGUUUUGGGUGGCUCGAAUGCGGUUUCCACUGAUCUAGUUGAGGAGAAGGUGUUCGAAAACGUUCGCCGGCACCUGAAAAUCUUGGGGAGCAUAGACACCUUCACGGCCCUAGUGGACCUGGAAAUCCAAUCGGCCAUUCGCAAUGUCCUGGUUCCAAAGUUCUGGAAACACUUCCAUGCCGGCUUGGUCCCGUCGGAAUUGCAGGGCGGGAUUAACGACCAGGCUCAGGCCAUUGAGGCACUGCCCGACAAGAACCGACUGUUCACCCAGUUUAUAGAUGCCAUCAACGAGCUGCACGAUGGUUUCCAGGGCCUGAUGCUGGUGAAGCCCAGACUAAUCCAGCUUAUUGGGAGCGAAGGCAAGCCCACUCCGAACUCGGUCAAGUUAAUGCAGGAGGAUGGGAUCAAGAACUGCCUGAGGGACUCCCUGCUGGCUCAACUGCCCCCCACUUUCAGUGUGGUUGUGGGGGCCUUCUACUGGGUGCACUUUAAGCUCUUCACCAAAGCCUCGCAUCUCGCCCUGUCCACCGUUGACUCUGAUGUGUUCGACGAGCUCCUGUGCGUGGGCUGCAACUUCGAUGUGGAGCAGUGCUGUUGCCUUAGGCUGACGGAAAUGGUCAACAAGACAAACAUGAAGCUAUUCGAGAUGAACCUCAUCGAUCGUCUAACUGGAAGUGCUUUGACUGCGCUCAUCAAGCUAAAAAUCAAGGAGCAUAUCAACGACACAUGCAUGGGGAUUUUCGAUAGGAGUCAUCUCAAGCAGCUGGAAACAUGGCUGUCGGAUGUUAUAAUGUCCUGGCUGACAAACAUAUUCACAGAAUGGAAAUCUAAAGAUGAUACCAGCGAAAUAGAAAUUCCCGAGUCUGUCAAAUCCUUCAAAGUCAAACUUACUUACUUUAUGUACGAAACAUUCGCUCAAAGCGUUAUUGGUCAAUUCUUUAGCAUUAUUAUAGACUAUCCAGAUUCCAUACCUGCCAUAGAUGACUUAAAGAUUUGCAUGGAGAAAAUUGAUAUGCGAGUCUACCUCACUGAAUCCCUGAGAAACUCUCUAGAAGCACGAAUCUUGCAUCCUGGAGUCAAUACCAUGGACAUAUUAACCGGCUAUGUGGCAGCAAUAAAAGCUAUUCGUCAUCUGGAUAAUACAGGAGUGAUUUUGGAGAUGGUUACUGCUCCAAUAAAGGAUUAUCUGAGGAAACGUAACGACACAGUGCGACGUGUGGUAACCGGGUUAACUGAGGAAGGACCCACGGACUUGUCCGAGGAACUCGCCAAGGGUGAAUCGAUUAAGGAAGGCAAGGACUCUGGUGCCGACGAGUUCAGCAACUGGGAAAAUUGGGAACCGGAUCCAUUUGGAAUAGAUGCGAGCAUCAUGCAGUAUAAUAGCUCGAGGAAAAUGAGAUCAGCUGACAUUAUAUCAAUGGUGGUUGAUAUAUACGGCAGUAAGGAGCUGUUUAUGACGGAGUAUCGUAAUCUGAUGGCAGAUAGACUGUUGGCUCAGCUAGACUUUAAUUCAGAAAAGGAAAUUCGCAAUCUGGAACUGCUGAAGAUCCGUUUUGGGGAGUCCCUCCUGCACAGCUGUGAGGUGAUGUUGAAAGAUGUCACCGACUCAAAACGAAUCAACGCCCACAUCCAUAGCGAUGGCAACCGUACUGAAAAUCAGUUAUUCGACAUCUCUUCGCUGAUAGUUUCGGCACAGUUUUGGCCUUCCUUUAACAAAGAGAGUCUUCAACUGCCUGAGGAGAUCGAGAACGAGUUCAAGAAGUACACAAAGGCUUAUGAGGCGUACAAAGGAAACCGCACUCUAAACUGGCGUACAGUAACUGGUCGUGUAAAUAUUGAAAUUGAAAUCGGUGACCGAACCAUGGAAAUGGUUGUUAGCCCAACUUUGGCGGUCAUUAUAUACCACUUUCAAAACAAGAGUGAAUGGACUAUUGAAGACCUGAGCUCUAUUACAAAAGUUCCACCGUCUGCUUUGCGACGUCGUCUGAGUUUUUGGCAAAAUCACGGAAUGAUUUCGGAAACAACGCCAGGCGUCUUUUCUCUGCUGGAAAAGGAGUCCGAGAAAUCCCAAUUCGAAGACAUGAGUCUCGCAGAAGCCGACGAAGAGGAUUUGGAAUCCGCAAUGGCUUCAGCAAGUGAUCAAAGGGAAGAGGAACUGCAAGUUUUCUGGUCCUACAUCGUUGGCAUGCUCACGAACCUGGACUCCAUGCCAAUUGACCGCAUCCAUCAAAUGCUUAAGUUGUUUGCCUCCCACAGCGGUGGAGUGGAAUUCACUCAGGACGAGCUGAAGCACUUUUUGCAGCGCAAAGUCAGAGAGCACAAACUCAUAUUUUCGGGUGGAGUUUAUCAAUUGGCGAAAUAAAUUUUGGAAGCUUAUCAAAAUUAGUUUUUGCAACGACUGAAGAAAUCAUGAAAUAAAUAAAUGAAUGAACGUGA